CCGGUAUAUGUGUCAUCAUAACCAUAAUUAUUAUAAAGCACUCCUAUGUGCUCGCUAGAGAUAAUUGAGAAGUUCAAUGCGUUGCUUACGACCGAGGAAGCAUCCCAAAUCUGCAAUCAGUUUCACAGUGACGGGUGGCAACAUGGACGCCAGGUUAUGUGGAGCGGUGUACCACGCAGAUUGGUGCAAACCUGGGCAGAUAAGCAUGGGAUGCAGACAUUGACAACGGUUAUGGGGCCAUUGAUGGUUCACAAUGACUCGCAUUGUUUAUGGUCCCGAAAAUCAAAACAAAGGUGGAGUAAGUAUAUGAAGGGCGCAUCUGCUAUGUACGCCUAUCAUAUUGCUCAAAACAAGGAACCGGUUACUGUCCUCUCUCCGCCGCCUCCUGACCAAUAUAAUCCAUACGGCGGAUCAAACUAUCAAACCCUCGAGGAGCCAAUUCUGAAAGGAAAACUAGGGCCUAAGGUCGCACGAAUUGAAAUGGUACAUCCAACCAUACCCAGUGCUGAAGAAUUCCACUACCAGAUAUGGCCGAAUGACGAAACAUUCUCAUGGUAUGAGAACUUUGGACACCCUCAUCCAGCUACACACUGGCGACAUGUAGUAGCUAGGCAAGCAUUACGAUAAACCAGCUAUGUCGAUGUCGAACUCUUAAAAUAUGGUGGUGAUUUCCCUUCUUAGCACGCGAUUGACUUUUUAUCAAGUACGACAAUCCAUUUCCUCACCACCAGGGUAUAACGAGUUCAGGUUUCAAAAAUGAUCCAUUUGAUGACUACUCAGGUCUGGUGUGAAGAUACAUGUAGUUCAAAAGCUAUUUGACCGAACAGAAUCAGAUUGUCAUUAUCUUUCAUCCUUCAACUGGAUCCUUGUUACCUACAUCUCAAGGGUUCAGUGCAUGUAUGUUUUUU